AUUUUGCGGCACUCCGAGUCCCCGGAGUUUAAAGAGGUAAACUUGAGAUGGUUCAUGGCUCCUUCAACUCUUAACUAACACAAACGCGAUUCCGUCUUUGAUUCACAAAUUAGUUCUCAGUAUACUCGUAUCUGAAGUAACACAUCAAAUGGUCAAACAAGGUUCCCAGUGCUUUGGUGAACUGCUCCCCUCAAUGUGAAGCUCCGCAGUGAAGGAUGAACAAGCUGUCUGUGGGAGAUAAAGCUGCUUCAAGCAGAGUGAAUAGCUGGGUGGAUCCAUGUUUCACUGAUUUGCAAGGGGAAAGCUUUUCUCUGCCUGGAAGGAGAAAGGGGAGCCAGUUCUCGUGCUCUAAAGCUGAGCCCAAGAGAGCAAGGAAGAGGAAAGGAGAGCCCGGCUCAGACCUUCAUACAGCCUACCUGCUGAAAGAGUCAGCCCAGGGGGACCAAAAUGAGCCCUGGGUGGACAGACACUCGCCCCGUUCACAGGCUGAGCUAGCUGUCCACAAGAAGAAGAUCGAGGAGGUGGAGAACUGGAUGAGAGUUCACACAAACUCAUCAAAGGGUGGCAUCCUACUGCUGACGGGACCAUCAGGCUGUGGGAAGACUGCUACAGUACAGGUUUUAUCUCAGGAGCUCGGCCUCAGGAUUCAGGAAUGGAUCAACCCCACCAACCUGGAGCUAUACAGCAACAGUCAGCAUGAAUGGAGGAUAAAUGGUUCAUCCUGCAGCUCCCAGUUAGGCCAGUUCCAGGAGUUCCUCCUCAGAGCCAAUAAGUACAACUGCCUGAGGAUGGCAGGUGAUGGAGGAGCUAUAGACAGGAAGCUCAUACUGGUGGAGGAUUUGCCAAACCAGUUCUACAGGCAGCCUGGCAGCCUGCACGAUAACCUGAGGCGCUUCGUGAAGACCAGUCGAUGUCCCCUAGUGUUCAUAGUGUCAGACAGUCUAAGUGGAGACAGCAGCACACGCAUUCUUUUUCCUAGAGAGAUCCAGGAGGAGCUGGACAUCAGCACCAUCAGUUUUAACCCAGUGGCUCCAACCACAAUGAUGAAGGUCCUGACCCGUAUUUCAAGCCUGGAGGCAGGAAAGAGCUGUGGGAGAAUGUGUAUCCCAAACCAGGGAGUGUUGGAGAUGCUGUGUUCAGGAAGCUCAGGAGAUAUUCGCAGUGCCAUCAAUAGCCUCCAGUUUUCCUCUCUCCCAGACAUAUCACUGGAAAAGGGGCUGUGGCAGAUGAAGGACAGACCUGUGACUUCAGUGGGCAAAGCUGUUUCCAGAACAAACCAGAGGAAGAAGAAAUCCAAACAGACAAAGGAGCAGGAAGAGGAGCAGGCUAUUGGAGGGAAAGAUGCUUCUCUGUUCCUGUUCAGAGCACUGGGAAAGAUCCUGCACUGCAAACGAGGGAAUCAUGAAGGUGCUAAAGCAGCUGAAGGUGCCCCUGGACCUGGUCUAUCAUCUCACCUGUCUCAUCAUCACAGAGAAGCAUUAUUAAUAGACCCUGAGUUGGUUGUUGAUCGUUCACACAUGUCUGGAGAUUUCUUCAACCUGUACCUCCACCAGAACUACCUGGACUUCUUCUCAGAGGUGGAGGAUGUGGCCCGAGCCAGCAAGUAUCUAUCUGAUGCUGACCUCCUCACAGCUGAUUGGACGAGUCGUAACACCAUGGGGGAUUAUGGGUCUUCAGUGGCCACUAGAGGACUCCUUCACUCAAACUCUCAUCAAGUUUCUGUUGGCUUCAGACCACUGCACAAACCCAGCUGGCUGCUAAUCAGCAAGAGGCAUCGGGAGAACUGCCUAGCUGCCCAGUCCCUGUUCAGAAGCUUCUGUCUGACACCAGUCAGCCUGCAGACUGAACUGUUGCCAUACCUGGCCAAACUCACCAACCCUAUGAGGAACCAAGCUCAGAUAGCUUUCAUCCAGGACGUGGGUCAGAUGUCACUGAGGAGGUUCUCCAGCAGAUUAAAACCAGAGGCUCUGACAGACAAAGAGCCAGUCCAGCUGGAGACAGAUGGUGAAGAGGAAGAGAAAGAAACAGGCCAGGGUGGAGUUGAGGAGGGUCUUCCAGUCAGUCAGCCUCAACCUGCUACAAGCCAAGUCCUUUUGGAGGAGGAGGACAUGAUCAUAGAGGAAUAUAUCAGUGACUAAAACCACAGCUCUGCCAUUCAUUAAAAAUGUUCAUUUGUGUUGUAUGGCUUUUUAAAAGAGUGAUGGUUAAGUAUGGAGCCAAGAUUAGCACCAUGGGAAUGAUGUGAGGGAAAACAUAUUGCUACAUACAUAUUGAUUUUGAUCCCUGAACAGAGUGAUUCUGCACAUUAUCCCCACCCCCACCCCCCACUGUGACUGUGACAAUGGUUUUGAUAUUACCAGUAUUUUUGCUUUAUUGAGAUGUCAUUUGUACAAGAUAGGAACAUUGUUCAAACAAGCUUGUUGUGUUGUAAACCCUGAUUUGAAUGUGAUUCUGUCACUUGUCACAGGCUCAUAAAAGCAUGAAAGCAUAGGGAUUAACUGUAAUAAUCUCUCAAAGUGACCUAUAACCGCUCAGUGCUACCAGCUGAAACACUCUUAGUAUUUAUUAGUUCAGCACUUGUUUUUUGUACUUCUUUCUGUUUUGCUGUUUGAUUGUUGAGCCUGAAGGAACCUGUAAUGGAGUACUGUCAGGGACAAACUCAGCCUGUAACUGAAAUCUGUUCUCAUUGUUCCAUGGGUGGAAAACAAGAAAUGUUAUAUUAAUGCUUAUUGAGGGAUAAAUGGUUUGAAUCUUAAUAAGCAUGUGAAUAAAAACAGUGUGUGAAAAGCUGA